GCGAGGUCUCAUGCGAGCUCACAAACUGCUCGAAUUUGUUUAGCGGGUUCGAUACGUAUAAAAGGUCCCUAAUGAAAAACAUCGCGUUGACAUAAAUCAUCGCUUUGUUGUUAUUGUUUACAUCUGGUACGGUUUGGAAAAUGCCUACUAAAAUUUACUCUAAAACUCGUUUAAAGCCUAAAAAGCAUUACGCGUAAUGAUACACAAUAUACAUUAGCUUGCACUCAUUGCCGAAAGGACUAUCAACAAUGGAUUUCCCUUCCAUCAAACAAGAACCUUCCGAAACGGGUGAAACACCUAACUUUCACGAUGAUGCCGGUUCGGAUUUGGUCAGCGUCAUUAAAUGUGAGGAUUAUCAAUUGAUGGAAGCUGCGACUGACGACAAUCCGGUAUCUAUAAAAGAGGAUCCAUGUAGCUUAUCUGACGUAAAACAAAAACCCCAAGAUGCACCCUCGCCGGAAAAGCUUCACUGUCCGGAUUGUAACAAACCGUGUCCCAGCGCCAAUGCAUUGCGGUUGCACCGGCGUAGACUGCACAAACCGGCCGAACCGGUCGUGCGGCCCCAGUACCGCUGCACCGAAUGCGACAGAACGUUUCAAUUUCAGCGGAAGCUAAAACACCACCAGGAAACGCACAACCAGGUGCCGUGCCCGGUGUGCGACAAAAUUGUAGUGCAGCGCAGCCUUAAAGAACACCUUGCCGCGCACGAAGGAGCCAUCCAGUGCGCGGUGUGCAGCAAAACGCUUUCCUCCUAUCGGGCCUUGAAUCUGCACCGCAAGCUACUGCACGCUAGUAGCUCGGAUCAUACGCGCGUGGCAGCGGAAAAGACCCAAUGCCAGGAGUGUGAUCGGGUGUUCUCGAACGCCGCCCAGCUAAACUCGCACAUGCGCAGCCACCAGCAGCAGCAGUGUCCGGUGUGCAAAAGCAUGCGCUCAAAAUCGUCGAUCAAGGAGCACAUUGCGUCGCAUGGCGGUGCGUUUCGGUGCGCCGUGUGCGAUGGGACGUUUUGCUCCAAGCGCCGGUUGAAGUACCACAUGGCGUCGAAGCACGCGGCCGAUGGAGGGGCAAUGGCGACGGAGAACGAGGCGAAGGAAGAUGGAAAACACGGAUGCUUACAGUGCAAGCGGGUUUUUGACAGUGAAAAACAGUUGCUAGAGCAUGGUUCAGUGCAUCAAAGGAAGCAGUGCCCGAUAUGUAGGAAAAACGUUAGGCAAAGGAACUAUCCGGCGCACAUGGCGGUGCACGCGUACCGUAGUUGAGGUAGAGGGAAGGGGAAAGAGACUGUUUUAAUUGUGUAAUACUUACGUGCAUAACUUAAGUUACUCCUUCCGCAUAUGCUGGCACAGUCUUCGGACACGUGGAUCGCUUUAUGCACAAGUCUUCUCCAAUAUAAUAAGUAUAAUUGAUUGUAAAUUAAUUUAAAUUUAAUUAUUUUAUAAAUUCCAACCGAUAAAAGAUAACCCCAUUUAAAUAAAACGUUCAAAAGCAGCCUUCACCA